CUUAGCGUACUGCUUCGACUUGUCUUGUAAGCGUGUUGCGGCUUCUAAACAAACCCUUUCUAGAGAAAGCAAGCUUCGUCGCUGGUCUUGGGUGUGGACAUGGACAAGGACGACCAUAAACGCAAGCGGAAGCGAAGCCGCAGCAAGGCCGGGCGUGACGAUGGAGAGGACGCCGGCGCCGGCGGAGGCGCCGCCGUGAAGGCGACACCCGCCAAGCAGGUAGCGGCGAACGGCAAGGGCGCUAAGCCCGUCGCCGUCGUCAAGGGCACUCCCUCCGCCGCGCCUAGCAGCAAGGGCAAGCCCGCCGCAGCAGCAAAGCAGGCGGCGCCGCCUCUCGCCAAGAAGGCCAAGGCCGACGCGGGCCGGCCGUCGAAGCAGCAGAAGCGGCCCGCCAAGCCGGCCCCUGAGGACGAGGACGAGGAUGAGGAGGACGAGGAUGAGGACGCCGAGGGAUUCAACAGCGAGGACUUUGACGCCAUGCUGAUGGGCGGCGGGCCGGACGGCGACGACGACGAGGAUGACGACGAGGAGGAUGACGGCGAGGGCGAGGAGGAGGAGGAGGAGGAUGGCGGGGAAGGGGAGGAGGACGAGGAGGAGGAGGGCGAGGGCGAGGAGGACAGCGACGUGGCGAUAGACGGCGAGGAGGAGGCGGAGGAGGAGGAGGAGGACGAGGAGGCGGCGGACGCGAAAGCGGCGGCCAGGCGCAAGGCCCGGGACGACAAGGACAAUGUGCGCAUGGCUCGCGGCGGCAUCGAGGUGGAGCGGCACGUGGCCAGUGUGGCGGGCAUCAUGUCGGCCUCGGAGUUCACCAGCCUGGAGCUGACGGCCAACACCAAGAAGGCCAUCGACGAGAUGGGCUUCAGCCACAUGACGGAGGUGCAGGCGCGCACCAUUCCGGCGCUGCUCACAGGCCGCGACGUGCUGGGCGCCGCGCGCACCGGCUCGGGCAAGACGCUUGCCUUCCUGAUCCCCUGCGCCGAGCUGCUGUACCGCGCCAAGUUCAUGCCGCGCAACGGCACCGGCGCAGUGGUCAUCAGCCCCACGCGAGAGCUGGCGCUGCAGAUCUACGGUGUGGCUCGCGACCUGCUCAAGCACCACACGCAGACGCACGGCAUUGUGAUGGGAGGAGCCAACAGGCGCACUGAGGCUGAGAAGCUGGUCAAGGGUGUGAACCUGCUGGUGUCCACCCCCGGCCGCCUGCUAGACCACCUGCAGAACACGCGCGGCUUCGUGUACAGGAACCUGGCCUGCCUGGUCAUUGACGAGGCGGACCGCAUCCUGGAGAUCGGGUUCGAGGAGGAGAUGCGCCAGAUCAUCAAGAUCCUGCCCAAGGAGCGCCAGACCAUGUUGUUCAGCGCCACCCAGACCACCAAGGUUGAGGACCUGGCGCGCAUCUCCUUCAAGCACAAGCCGCUGUACGUGGGCGUGGACGACGGCCGCUCGGUGGCCACGCGUGAGGGGCUGGAGCAGGGCUAUUGCGUGGUGCCCGCCGACAAGAAGUUCCUGUUGCUGUUCACCUUCCUCAAGAAGAACCUCAACAAGAAGGUGAUGGUUUUCUUCAGCAGCUGCAACAGCGUCAAGUUCCACGCCGAGCUCCUCAACUACAUCGACAUCCCCGUCAAGGACAUCCACGGCAAACAGAAGCAACAGAAGCGCACAACCACAUUCUUCGAGUUCUGCCAGGCCGAGAAGGGCAUCCUGCUGUGCACGGACGUGGCGGCUCGCGGCCUGGACAUCCCGGCCGUGGACUGGAUCAUCCAGUUCGACCCGCCCGACGACCCGCGCGAGUACAUCCACCGCGUGGGCCGAACCGCGCGCGGGCAGGCGGGUCGCGGGCGGGCGCUGCUGCUGCUGCUGCCCGAGGAGCUGGGCUUCCUCAAGUACCUCAAGGACGCCAAGGUGCCCCUGAACGAGUACGACUUCCCCACCUCCAAGCUUGCCAACGUGCAGUCGCAGCUGGAGCGGCUGGUGGAGAAGAACUACUACCUGCACCAGUCCGCCAAGGACGCCUUCCGCUCCACGCUGCUCGCCUACAACAGCCACAGCCUGAAGGAGAUCUUCAACGUGCACCGCCUGGACCUACAAGCCAUGGCCCGCUCCUUCGGCUUCUCGGUGCCGCCGCGCGUGAACCUUCAGCUGGAGUCGCACAGCAGCCACACGCGCAAGGCGGCCAAGGGCGCCCCCGGCGGCAAGGCGGACUACCGGCGCGGGCUGAGCACGGGGCACAAGUUCAGCGCGGCCAAUCCGCACGGCAGGCGCGAGGCGGGCGACAAGCGGCAGUUCGUGCGCAUCUGAGGAGGUGACCGCUGAAUGAAGAGGGGGCAGCGGGCUGUGGAUGGGAGGUGGUUGGUGGGAGGAGGUGGGGAUGGCCCGGAGUGGGCGGUGGCGAAGCGGUUCAAGGAAGGGUGGGGAGCAGUUAACGGAACUGACGGAGCUAGCGGACUCGUACGGCGGCCGUGUGUUGUGUGCGGACCGGGCUGUUGGCCGGGACAACAGCUGGAGCGGCCGUUGCCGCGGUUUGGACGGCCCUUGACAUGUAUGACUUGACCUGUGUGCAUUUCGACCUGGCGUAUGACCGAGCAGAAGCAUUACAUUUGAAACAGAACGUGUGCAGGCAAACCGGCGGUGACUGGCCGUGGCCGUGAGUGUGAGCACUACAUGAUAACAAGACGAAGGACUGAAGGUGGGGUGCAGAGUGCUGCUUGGAGAGGCCUUGCAGGGGAUUGGCUGUGUAUGGGUACAGUAUGUGUUUAGGCAGCGGUACGCGCCGCGCCUUAGAGAGGCGGUGACGCCUAGCACGCGCUUCAUUGUAGCAAUGAUACACCUGUGCUGAUGUACGGGCGGAAAGUAGGAGGCGUACGAAGCUGUACGUAGUCCAGUAGAAUGUAACAACGGCUCAAU